AUGACCAGCUCUAGUGCCAAUGAGUCUGCCCAUGAUAUCCCGCUGAGUGGCUCGGCCACAGAAGUUUCCGAUACUUCCACCGAGAAAUUGAAGCCUUUUGUUGUUCCGGAGCGAAUUCGAAGAUGUUUAACUCCGUCCAGAUGCCGUUCUAAAAGUAAGUUUUCUGGACACCUUGAACGCCGAAGGAGAAUCAUUCAGCAAUGCCAAUUGAAAGCUCAGAAAACCAUGAGCGAAAUUCGAACUAAAUUAAUCAAUCGUAAGCAACAGUUUCAUCUUCAACGAUGCCGAUUGUCGUUACAAAUGAACCGCAAAAUGAAUGCUGCGAGAGAAAGAAGGCGGCGAAUACUUGGAGAAAGAAAGACUCGAGCCCAGAAUAUUGCCCUUUUGGUAAACGAACCGAUUAUAACCAACAACUUGAAAAAUGAGCCAAAAGAAAGUCGUCGCAAAGUGUCCGAUGCCUUUGAAAAACUGGUGAAAUUUAUCCAAUUCCACAUCCGUCGGUACCUCUUAAGGAACUAUUUGGACUACCUUCAUCAAAAUUCAGUUUUCGACAAACUUGACACUUUAUCUUAUUCUGAGUCACUUUUAUUCGUUCGAGAAAAUAGCAGAGAAGCAUGCAUUCUUCGCUCGGUAUUGUCUCAGUUAGUGCCUGGGGUAACCUACCAGUCGGUUUUGCUCUAUGGAAUUGUCCUAGUGGCGGAUAUAAAGGACUCUAUCAUAUCACAUUCGCACUCUGGAACCAACACUAAUACCGACACUUCUCACCAUGAUUUGGUAUCCAACUCAAUUACCCUCUUGCUAUACAAAGUUACUUUGUCAAUUCUUCAAGCUCUAAAAGCUAUUGCCUUACCUGGGGCAGAUUUAAGGUGGUUCAGCGAUUGUCGGUUGACAUUGUCAAGAUUGUGUCGACAGUACUGUGAGCUUUUCUUCACAUACAAAAAUCGUCACCUUGAAGAUUGCAAAAUCAUCGCUAACCAAGCUUCCAAAAUCAUGGACCUCGCUGUGAAAAGUGGAGGAAUAUCUCAUGGAGAUUAUGUGAAACAAAAGGUGGAACUUGCCAAGCAAAUGAACUUUCUAGCCAAAGUCGAGACAGUUCCAACCACUUCCAAAAUCACUAAUGAUAUCGAAGCCAUCACCAGUACGGCUCUUAUUCGCAAAUUUCCAGAUAUAAAUUGCGAUCGACUGGUUAUAGUGGAACUCAAACAUGACCGACCGUUCUUGGAAGAAGUGAGUCGUCGAGUAAAAAUUGACAAAAUUGUCUAUGUCCUCCCACCAUGUUUUCCUUCUCUUUUUUGGCGAAAAUUCUGGGUCAAGAAGCUCCAAGAACCUGAAAAACUGGUGAAAAUGAACACUGGACGAAUCAGAAUUCACCCAGAAACCAAUAAAGUACUACACUAUGAACAAUUAUGCCUCAAUUUUCAUGUCCCCACGCUAUACGACCAUUACAGCCAUUUCGAAGGCUCGAGCCAACCGCAAUUGGUGAAACAAUGCUCGCAUGCCCUUACAAGAAUCUUUACACUUGUUGUGGAUUUUGUUCAGCUGUUCGCUGCCUUGGAUGAAGGACAAGUAUAUGGUAUUCAGCAGAUGGGGUAUUGGAUUGCUAGUACCAAGACUCACACUUUGGAGAGCUUUGCCAACAUUUAUGCACCGCUGAUUUUGAAAGUGUCUUCAUACUCUACAAUUCUCGCUGAUAUUCUGGAAAAAAUUGAAAACUUUUUAUCAAAGGUGCAACCAAGUGCACAAGACAUUCUCCAUCUUUGUCAUCAAGUGGAACUUCAAGUGAUGAACUUGUGGGUACGCCAUUGUCAGUUUGUUAAUUUGACCCAUUUCAGACACUUUGAAAAUUGUCUUCUCUUGAUGACUUUAAACAGAUACCUGGUCAAAAUGGGCACCAAUUCUCCUGAGCUAAGAUUUCCAAAGUACUGUCGGUUUCUUCGGUCAUACAGCUUGAAAUGGAAAGUGAUAAAUUAUGGAGCUUCAAUUCGAGCUUCAUUUGCGGUACCUGAUCUUCAAAAGUCCGUGCCACGGUCCAAAGUGUAUCACGAGUUUUAUGGUUGCUGGACUCUGUUCUUUAUAUCAGGGAUUCAUAAGGACCCUGUUGCGAAACUAGAAUCUUCUGGUGGUGCUAAUGAGUUUAGUGUUCUCUUUGGUGACGAAAUAUUGGAUAUCCAGAAAAAUGUUAAUAACACCAUACAGACCACCAUCCUCACCUACCUUUGUUGUCACUAUUUGAAUAAGUGGCACAAGGUCAAAUCUCUCUUACCAAUAGUAUCAUCGACUUUGGACUCGCAGAUGUACGACCCAUUAAUGGUAACCAGCCUAAUUCCUGAAAAAUUGAGCAGAGAAGUCCACAUUAAAAAACCACUAGAGAUGUCCCAUUAUCUCCAGAAGGAGGUUGCCAAGAUUAAGGCUGGAAACUCCCAAGUAUACCUGGUUAUUGCAGCCAAAUUUCGCCAGCUUUCAGUUGCGAAGUCUGCAGAACAUCAAGAUUUAUUGAACAGAGUCUUUGACCCAGUAAGACACGAGGUACAGGAUCUGCUCUCCCAGAUCCAACAUUUGGCAACUACCAUGUAUGAUGUCUACCAUCCAUUGUUGAAUUGGAUCCAUAAUGAUUUAUAG